UUUUUGCCUCACUCGCCCGCGAACUGUGAGCUCCCGGCACUUCGCCUCGUUUCUGCACUGCCGGCUGCUGCCGCCAUGGCCCAAGCUGACAUCACACUGAUUGGACUGGCUGUCAUGGGCCAGAACUUAAUAUUGAACAUGAAUGACCACGGCUUUGUGGUCUGUGCCUUUAACAGGACAGUCUCCAAAGUUGAUGAUUUCUUGGCCAACGAGGCAAAGGGAACCAAAGUGGUUGGUGCUCAGUCCUUGAAGGAGAUGGUCUCCAAGCUAAAGAAGCCCCGGAGGAUUAUCCUUCUUGUGAAGGCUGGUCAAGCUGUUGAUGAUUUCAUUGAAAAACUGGUACCAUUGUUGGACACUGGUGACAUCAUCAUUGAUGGAGGAAAUUCUGAAUAUAGGGAUACCACAAGACGUUGUCGAGACCUCAAGGCCAAGGGGAUCUUAUUUGUGGGGAGUGGAGUUAGUGGUGGAGAAGAUGGGGCCCGGUAUGGCCCAUCACUCAUGCCAGGAGGAAACAAAGAAGCUUGGCCCCACAUCAAGACAAUAUUCCAGGGCAUUGCUGCGAAAGUAGGCACUGGAGAACCCUGCUGUGACUGGGUGGGAGAAGAGGGAGCAGGACACUUUGUGAAGAUGGUGCACAACGGAAUAGAAUAUGGCGACAUGCAGCUCAUCUGUGAGGCUUACCACUUGAUGAGAGAUAUCCUGGGCAUGGAGCAAGGCCAGAUGGCGCAGGCCUUUGAAGAGUGGAAUAAGACAGAGCUAGACUCAUUUCUGAUUGAAAUCACAGCCAAUAUUCUCAAGUUCCGAGAUAACGAUGGCAAGUACCUGCUGCCAAAGAUCAGGGACAGUGCUGGGCAGAAGGGCACUGGGAAGUGGACGGCUAUCUCCGCCCUGGAAUACGGCGUCCCUGUCACCCUCAUCGGAGAAGCCGUCUUUGCUCGAUGCUUAUCGUCUCUGAAGGAUGAAAGAAUUCAAGCAAGCAAAAAACUAAUGGGUCCCCAAAAGGUCCAGUUUGAAGGUGACAAGAAAUCAUUCCUGGAGGACAUUCGAAAGGCCCUCUACGCUUCCAAGAUCAUCUCCUACGCCCAGGGCUUUAUGCUGCUAAGACAGGCAGCCACUGAAUUUGGCUGGACCCUCAAUUAUGGUGGCAUCGCCCUGAUGUGGAGAGGGGGCUGCAUCAUCAGAAGUGUAUUCCUGGGAAAGAUAAAGGAUGCAUUUGAUCGAAACCCAGAACUUCAGAACCUACUACUUGAUAACUUCUUUAAGUCAGCUGUUGAAAACUGCCAGGCCUCCUGGCGGCGGGUGGUCAGCACUGGUGUCCAGGCAGGCAUCCCCAUGCCCUGCUUCACCACUGCCCUCUCCUUCUAUGACGGGUACAGACAUGAGAUGCUACCGGCCAACCUCAUCCAGGCUCAGCGGGAUUACUUUGGAGCUCAUACCUACGAACUCUUAACCAACCCGGGACAGUUUAUCCACACUAACUGGACAGGCCAUGGCGGCAACGUGUCCUCCUCUUCAUACAAUGCUUAACCAGACUGUUUGUAUUACCCUCCAUGAUUCCAUAGACCAGGACAUUCCACGUGCGCACAGCACUGCUUACACGGCCCUUUGCCCUAUUUUCUGCUCAGAUCUCUUAAAGUUGUGUUGUAAGACUGAAAAAGAGCUUAUUUGUAAAGUGGUUCUGUGGGGACUGUCAUGCCUUCUGCCCUCGCCUCUGGGAACUCCCCAGGAGCUGAUCAUGUGUGUGACUGCGGGAACCUGCUCCUUUCUGCGGGUCCCCUGUGGAGUAAUGAGGCUCUUGUCAUGUGGAUGGGAAGGGUGUUUGACAUUUUAACAAACUGGAACUUCAUAUCAUGCAGCUGAGUUCCCUUUUCCCUUUACUCAGUAAAAGCCACUUUAU